CGUCCACCUCGUCCACCUCGUCCACCUCGUCCACCUCGCCCCUUGAAGAGCACGCGAGCACCCACCCCGUUCUCCUGAAUAUUUACAUUUCCACAACGCUUUAAUUACUGCCUACUAUCUCGAAAUCCCGCGCCACACACGACACGAUACUACACGACACUACACUAAAACCCCAAACACCACCACCACCACCACCACCACCAAUACCCCAAGCCCCCCAAGCCCCGCAGCACUAUGGGGUUCUGCUCCACCUUCCUCCUCGUCCUAAUCACGAUCCUAUUCCCGCCUCUGGGCGUAUUCUUCGUCGCCGGCUGCGGCGCCGACGUGCUGAUCAACAUCUGCCUCACGCUGCUGGGCUACCUGCCCGGCCACCUCCACGCCUUCUAUGUGGAAUACGUCUACUACGAGAGGAAACAUGAUCGUGCGGCGGGUGUGCUGCCUGUAAGGCGCGCGCCGGGGGUGUACUCUGAGAGGGUGCAGGGCGUUGGGACGAGUUAUGGGACUGUGGGGCAGACUGGGGUUUAGGGGGGUUUAGGGGGGUUGGCGGG